UCCGGUCAUCUGUGGAUUUUGAGGAAGAUCUGAAAUAGUGAUUAGGUUCCCGUCCUAUCACUGAGAGAACUGGCGUCUUCUGACCGCAAUUUGUUUCCAUGUUUUUAGGUUUGUGUGAUUUUGCUAAAAUGCAUCACCAACAGCGAAUGGCUGCCUUAGGGACAGACAAAGAACUAAGCGACUUAUUGGAUUUCAGUGCGAUGCGAAACAGCGAUUUGAAAAUGUUCCCAACAUCAAUGAUGUUUUCCCCUCCUGUUACCAGUGGAAAGAACGGACCCACCUCUCUCAGCAGUGGACAUUUCUCAGGCUCAAAUAUGGAGGACAGAGCAAGUGCAAGCUCUUGGGGAAACGGAAGCCGUGCUUCAAAGAGUUACGCGGACGGUUCACAGUACCCUCACAUGACCAGCAGGGACCUGGGCUCACACGACAACAUCUCCCCUCCCUACGUCAACUCCAGACUAGCAGGUAAAACAGAGAGAGGAUCCUACUCUUAUGGGAGAGACUCUACCCCACACGGCUGCCACCAGCCCAGCAUGCUGGGGGGGGAGAUGGGGAUGGGGAGCCCGGGGGCAACCUCCCCCACCAAGCCAGGCGCCCAGUACUACCAGCACUACAGCAGCAAUCCACGACGGAGACCCCUACACAUGGACCCUAUGGAGGUCCAGACAAAGAAAGUCCGGAAAGUUCCUCCAGGUUUACCUUCUUCAGUGUACGCUCCCUCUGCCAGCACGGCCGACUACAACAGGGACUCGCCGGGCUACCCGUCGUCCAAACCUCCGGGCGGAGGCUUCCCCGGGUCCUUCUUCAUGCCAGAGGGUCACCACAGCGCCGACCCAUGGAGCUCCUCCAACAGUAUGAACCAGCCGGGCUACAGCACCAUGCUGGGCAACUCCUCCCACGGCCCCCAGAGCAGCAGCUACUGUGUGCACCCGCACGACAGACUGAACUAUCCAUCCCACUCCUCAGCAGACAUCAACUCCAGUCUUCCUCCCAUGUCAAGUUUCCAUCGCAGCAGCGGGUCCAAUCACUACAGCACCGCCUCGUGCACGGCCACCACAAACGGCACGGAAAGUGUCAUGGCCAACCGGUCACAGAGUGGGACUACAAGCAGCUCUCAGACUGGGGACGCCCUGGGAAAAGCGCUCGCGUCGAUCUAUUCUCCAGACCACACGAAUAACAGUUUCUCGUCCAAUCCAUCGACCCCAGUUGGCUCUCCUCCUUCUCUCACAACUGCCAGUUCGGCCGUGUGGACCAGGAACGGAGGGCAGGGACCGUCUUCACCCAACUACGAAGCUCCGCUCCACUCGCUGCAGAGCCGCAUCGAGGACCGCCUGGAGAGGCUGGACGACGCCAUCCAUGUGCUGCGGAGCCACGCCGUGGGCCCGUCCACGGGCAUGGCCGGCGGCCACGGGGACAUGCACGGCCUCAUCGGGGCGGCGCACAACGGCGGCAUGGGCGGCAUGGGCUCCGGCUACGGCACGGGCCUGCUGUCCAGCAACCGGCACUCCCUCAUGGUGGGGUCUCACAGAGAAGACGGCAGCGCGGGUCUCCGUGGCAGCCACCAAGUGCCGGUCCCCCAGCUCCCCGUGCAGUCAGCCACCUCGCCCGAUCUCAGCCAGCCGGAUCCUUACCGGGCGCUGUCCAGCGGUCUGCAGGGCCAGAGCGCCUCGUCGGUCAGCUCGGAGAUCAAGUCGGAGGACGAGGGGGACGAGAACCUCCAGGACGGCAAGGAGCCCAAGAAGGAGGACCUGGACAACAAGGAUCUCAAGUCCAUCGACAGCAACGCCGACGACGAGGACCUCUCCCCGGAGCAGAAGAUCGAGCGGGAGAAGGAGAGGAGGAUGGCCAACAACGCCCGCGAGCGCCUGCGGGUGCGGGACAUCAACGAGGCCUUCAAGGAGCUGGGCCGCAUGGUGCAGCUGCACCUGAAGAGCGACAAGCCCCAGACUAAGCUGCUCAUCCUCCACCAGGCCGUGGCCGUCAUCCUCAGCCUGGAGCAGCAAGUCCGAGAGAGGAACCUGAAUCCGAAGGCCGCGUGUCUGAAGAGACGGGAGGAGGAGAAGGGCUCGUCCGACGGGCCGUCCCUCUCCUUGGCCGCCGCCCACCACGCCAUGGGCGACGCCUCCAACCCCAUGGGACAAAUGUAAAAAGCCACCCCAUAAAUGGUCCAAGCUGCCGGAGUUCAUUAAAAUGAUGAGCGAUCACUUCCUUUGACAACGUUCCUCUGUUCCUGCCACUCAGUCACGCCAAUCAACUGACAACCCCGACCAACGGCAUCAUUUGUUUUCCCUGAUCCCUUUGUCUCCUUUCGAAAUGAACCAACUUACCACCACAUGUAUAUUGGCUAUGGAUUACAGAUACAAGAGAUUCUUCUUUUUCUUCUUUUCAGCAUUCCCAAUUUAAAAAAGGUUAUAUAUACAGUACGAGGAAAGGAUCAAAAAUAUAUAUAAAACUGAAGAAAAAAAAAAGUGCAACUCAAUGGGGGACUCUUCAAACAUAUCAUUAUGUUGUAACAAUGUUGCAGAGCUGUUGAACGCAGCCCUUUGACUGAAUGGCAAUCCUCUCCACACUGUGGAACACUUGCUGUCGUGCCUGAACUCCUCUUGGAUGCAUAAAGUCAGAUAGUUAUAUACAAAAUCAAUCAUUCAGUCUCGAUGGGAGGGGCUAUGACUUAAAAAAAAAGCUAGAAAUUAUGUCGAAUUUCAAGAAUUUGCAAUAAUGAAAAAGUGUACUUCUUUUGGAG